AUGGAAUCACUCGACCUUCCUGAUCAGAUCAGAUUACACAACCUUUCUCACCAGGGGUCCGCUGUGUCCUCUUCCAAGGAGUCGGGACGACACAAGGGAAGUAGCAUCCGUCGAUAUCCAACACGGCGGAUCAAGUUGACACAAGGCUCGGUCUUGAGUAUCAACUAUCCGGUACCGAGUCCUAUACGCAAUGCUAUCCAGCCAGAGUAUCGAGAUGCGGAGGGGGAACUUUCUGAAGAAUUCACACAAAUGAGAUACACUGCCGCGACGUGUGAUCCUGAUGAAUUUACGCUACGCAAUGGUUACAAUCUCCGCCCUUCGAUGUAUAAUCGGCACACUGAACUUCUCAUUGCCGUCACAUACUACAACGAAGAUAAAGUCCUGACCGCCCGAACCCUGCAUGGGGUAAUGCAAAAUGUCCGAGACAUCGUGAAAUUGAAAAAGACAGAAUUUUGGGAUCGGGGUGGUCCCGCAUGGCAGAAGAUUGUCGUCUGUCUUGUCUUCGAUGGCAUGGAUCCCUGCGAUAAAAACACACUUGACGUCCUGGCGACUAUUGGCGUUUUUCAAGAUGGCGUGAUGAAGCAAGAUGUGGACGGAAGAGAAACGAUCGCUCAUGUUUUUGAAUAUACCACACAGUUGUCGGUUACGCCGAAGCAAGAGCUUGUGCGUCCAUACAAAGACGACCCUAUGAAUCUUCCCCCGGUACAAAUGAUGUUUUGCCUUAAGAAAAAGAAUGCGAAGAAGAUCAACUCACAUCGGUGGCUAUUCAACGCAUUUGGGCGCAUUUUGAAUCCGGAGAUAUGCAUCUUGAUUGACGCGGGCACAAAACCCGGGCCUAAGUCUUUGCUAGCCCUAUGGCAGGCUUUCUACAACGAUAAAAAUAUUGGUGGGGCCUGCGGUGAAAUUCACGCGCUUCUUGGCCACCGAUGGAAGAAGCUCCUCAAUCCCUUGGUUGCAGCUCAAAAUUUUGAAUACAAAAUCUCCAAUAUCCUGGACAAGCCCUUAGAGAGCAGUUUUGGCUACGUCAGCGUACUUCCGGGGGCUUUCUCUGCCUAUCGGUAUCGCGCUAUUAUGGGCAGGCCUCUUGAGCAGUAUUUUCAUGGGGAUCACACACUAGCUCAGAAGCUCGGUAAGAAAGGGAUCGACGGAAUGAAUAUCUUUAAGAAGAAUAUGUUUCUUGCAGAGGAUCGUAUCCUUUGCUUCGAAUUAGUUGCUAAGGCUGGCAACCAGUGGCUACUUACAUACGUGAAAGCAUCGAAAGGGGAAACAGACGUCCCAGAACGACCAGCAGAGUUCCUAAGUCAACGGCGACGAUGGCUGAAUGGCUCUUUUGCAGCAUCGUUAUAUUCAGUCAUGCAUUUCAAUCGGAUAUAUAAGAGUGGGCAUGGUAUCAUUCGGUUGCUACUGCUUCAUAUCCAAUUGAUUUACAAUAUCUGCCAGUUAGUCAUGACAUGGCUUUCACUCGCAUCCUACUGGCUCACUAGUUCCGUCAUUUUGGAUAUUGUGGGGACACCAAGUGCGACCAACAAAUUCAAAGGGUGGCCUUUUGGGAAUGAUGCUACCCCGAUUGUCAAUAAUCUGUUGAAGAUCGGUUAUCUGACAUUUCUUAUGCUUCAAUUCAUUCUAGCUCUCGGAAAUCGACCAAAGGGAUCAAAGUUUCUGUACACGCUCUCCUUUGUCUACUUCUCUGUGGUCCAGCUCUAUCUCCUCAUUUUGUCGUUCUAUCUCGUUGCGCAGGCAAUGACUCCCGAGAAUCUCAAUUUUGAUUUCAGCCAUGGGUUUUCGGCACUCAUAUCGGGCUUUUUCAACUCAACGGGUGGGCUUGUUUUGAUUGCCUUGGUAUCAACAUACGGGAUUUACUUCAUUGCAAGUAUACUCUACGCCGACCCCUGGCAUAUGCUCACUUCCUCCUGGGCAUAUUUCCUUGGAAUGCCUUCUUCGAUCAAUGUUCUGAUGGUCUAUGCAUUUUGCAAUUGGCAUGAUGUUUCAUGGGGGACAAAGGGAUCAGAUGCACCCGAAAAACUGCCCUCAGCGCAAACCAAAAAGGAUGAUGAAACGCCUUUUGUCGAGGAACUUGACAAGCCUCAAGUCGACAUUGAUGAACAAUUCGCGUCAACUGUGAAGCGGGCCUUGACUCCCUGGCAAGAACCAACUGAGAACGAAGGGGUGGCCCUCGACGAUUCAUACAAAGCAUUCCGAACGAAUCUGGUGUUGCUAUGGACAUUCAGUAAUGGUCUUCUGGCGCUGUGUAUUAACAACCUCAGCAUCGACAGGCUUUGUCUAACGUCGACGUCUACAACUCGCACGGCAUGGUAUUUCAAGAUUAUUCUGUUGGCCACUUCUGGUCUCUCAAUCUUCCGAUUCUUCGGGGCACUGUACUUCCUAGUGAAGACCGGAGUCUUGUGCUGCAUUUCCAGGCACUGA